UGUCACUUCGACGACAUGCCGUUUCACCAAGAAUAAAGCCAGCAGCAAUUGAAAACUAUAUAUUCAUUAAAAAAAAAAAAUUACUCAGCUCCUAUUCACCAAUGUCGUCUUUCUCUUUGAAAAUCACAGGCUGCUGUAUCCUCUCGUUGCAUCACCUGGGUUUCAACGACCUCCCCUGCAACUUCAUUUCUGGCGUUUCAAGGCAUUAUAACCUGCAGAAGUUGGAGAAUUCUUCGCUGCAUUGGAGUCAUACUCGACGUCUCUGCUCAGUUAACGGCGAAAGCAACGCUUAUGGUUCGUCAAAUCCUGACAUCUCUACUUCUAACGUUGAAGGUUCGAGGGAGAAAACCAAUAAUGGUCAAGAAUCACUCACAUCCAGCGAGAUACUGAAGAAACUGAAGAGAUAUGGAAUUUCUGGAAUAUUGUCCUAUGGGCUUUUGAAUACUGCAUACUACCUCACAACCUUUCUGUUGGUGUGGUUUUAUGUUGCUCCAUCUCCUGCAAAAAUGGGUUACUUCGCUGCUGUUGAAAGAUUUCUGAAAGUGAUGGCCAUGGUGUGGGCAGGGAGUCAAGUUACUAAGCUUGUAAGAGCUGGAGGGGCCCUUGCUCUUGCACCUUUUGUUGACAGAGGAUUGUCAUGGUUCACUGUCAAAUUUAAGUUCGGGUCUGAGGGGAAGGCUUUCAUGGCACUUGUUGGAGUCUGUUUUGGACUUGCCUUCAUCUUAUUUUUGGUAGUGACGUUGCUUUGGGCAUAGAGUUUUUUUUUUCUAAAUUUUGUUCAUGUGCAGUUAGAUAGAAUUCUCCUUUUUCAGGGGGAAAAAUGUCAGUUUCCUUGUUUGCUGACACCCCUACAUCACUACAUACAGGAGAUAGAGUAUGCGAGUUGUUCCAACUUUUGCCUUUAACCCCACGUAAAAAUUAUGAAAUACACGUUCAACAUGAA